UAAAUUCCCAUAUUUCUUCCGCGACCUCCGUUCGAUCUGAAUGUCACUCCAGAAGUUCCUUCAAAACCUCAACACUGUCAAAGGAUGUCACAAUAAUCUCCCAAAACCUCACCUUCAUCAAGCAGCCAAGAUCGGAGACGCCACCAUCAACGCACUUCUUGCCAACCACCACUCCACAGCCAUCCUCCCCAAGCUAACCCCUACCCUCGUCCACCUUAUUAUCUCUGACCCACAUCUCAAGACCCCUAAGUGCAUCGAAUUCUUGAGUUUCCUCCUAAAAAACCACUCUUUAAUGUCUUUUGAGCUCAAUUUUGAUGCCCAUUUGACCCUUAUCUGCAGGCUGGCCAAGGCCAAAGAGUUUUCACUCGCUGAGGGCAUUCUGGGUUCUAUCUCAAAUCUUGAAAGCUUCAGGUAUACCAUUUUAGCUUCUUUUAUUGAGAACCAUGAUGUUUCUUUGAGAAUAUCUUCGAAAGUGUUUAAUUGGUUGCUUAAAGCAUACUCCAAUAAUCAAGAAUUUGGAGAGGCCUCUGAGAUAUUUGAGCAUAUGAUUGUUAAUGGUAUUAAGAUCAAUGAGAGGACUUGUACUAUUCAUUUGAUUGAUCUUAUGAAAUAUGAUCAAUGCGGAUUAGGACUGCAAUUCUUUAAUCAGAUGGUCAAAUCAGGUAUUCAAAUUUCUGUGUUUACAUUGACUGUGCUGGUGGAUGGGUUGUGUAAGUUUGGGGAAGUAAAAAUGGCUAGAGAGCUUGUGGAAAAGAUGGUUAGUAAUAAUAACGGAAUAAAACCAAAUAUUAUAACCUUUAACACACUUAUUGAAGCAUGUACUAACAGAUGGAAUUUUGAAGAACUGGGUAAUGUGUUGGCAAUCAUGAAGCAAGAAGGUGUGGAAUUUACGGUUGACACAUUUAGAUUUUUGAUUUUUGGGUAUUCAAGCAAUGGGAGGAUGAGAGAAGCAGAGAGAAUAAUCAUGGAGAUGCAUGAACAGGGUUAUAAGGUGGACACCCAUUUAUAUAAUUUAAUCAUGAACGGCCAUUGCAGAUCAGGUGAAUUAGAAAAAGCAUUUUCUUUAGUUUCCGAGAUGAAUGAAAGGCAUGUUUGGUUAGACAUGGAUACAUAUUGGAGUUUGUUUAGUGGACUUUGUAAGGUUGGCCAGUUUGAAGCAGCCAAUGAACUUGUCAAUCUAAUGCAGAGCAAAGGAUUUGAGUUGGACCAAGUUAUUUUUGAGGCCUUAAUUGAAUGUUAUUUGGAUGAGGGGGUGAUAGAGGAAGCAGUUAGUGUCUUAAGUUUGAUGGAAGUGAAAGGAUUUUUUCCCAAUUUGGCCAUGUAUGAGAAGGUGAUUUGUGCGUUGUUCAAGCUGGGCCGAACUGAAGACGCAAGGUCAAGACUAACAGUUCUAAUCAAGAGGGGAUCUUCAUGGAAUGAAGAGGUUAAGAGAAGCUGGCCAGUUUCUGAAACAAAACAUUUGCCAUGGAUGUAGAUUUGGUGUCAGCUGGCUACAACCUUUGGGAUUCAUGGGAUGCCCUAUGAUACAUGAUUGUUGAAAUGGAAUUUGUCACAAACAGUUUCUGGUAUCGAAAGAGAUCUUUGCCAAUGAAUAGGAAAUAAAAUAUCAUGUUUUACUAAAUCACUAGGAGACUGGUUUUGGGAGGAUAGGAGGAAGGCUAACUUCAUGAAACCACAUAGGAAGGAAUGACUUUGAUGGAGAUGAAGAACAGGGGGAAGGCAAUAAAAGAAGUGAUGAAAUGAUCCAAGAGACCAAGAGGCUCACAUCCCAAGUAGUUCAAGAAUGCUUGUAUAGCUUGCCUCAUCUGUGGAAAAACGAUUUUAUGAAAAAUCCUUGGGAUGAGCAAACAUUUUGAAUGUUUCUCACUAAGGUUGUCGCAAUGGAUGUCACAGAGCUGCGGGCCUAAGCGACACUUAGGCAACAAGUAGUUUAGUAGUCAGCAUGCAAUGCUUGAAUAUGGUAUAAAAUAGUUCAAUAUCCAUUCUGAUGUAUUAGAGUAUAAAGUUAUACCCUCCCCUCCAACCUAGAAAGAUUCACCAUCUUUGGCUUUUUUGAUCAAUGAUGUUUAAAUUUGACCAACUAUAUACUAUGUAUUUUUUAUACAAAAUUAUUUAUAAUAUGAAUGUGAUGCACAA